CAUUGAUAACACGACGACAACAUUGGAAUGAAUGACUCACUUCUAAUCGUUAUAUUGACGAUGUAUUGUAACUAUUGUUGAUAUUCCAGUCAGUGGUAAUAUAGAGAUUGUUGGAGAUCGUUCGAACCCAGACAAAUCCUCGACAAACAGCAAAUAUGGUGCGCAAUCUCGAAUACCCCAAGAAAGCCCAAAACACCGUCAAGCGGUAUAACUCGCGAGGGACAUACGAUCUAGGGGCCAUUCAUUCAAUCAUCAACACCACUUCAGUCCUCCAUGUCUCAUUUCCUCCGGCACCAGAUAAUCCGUUCCCCGCCAUCUUACCCAUGAUUGGCGUCAUGGGCUCUUUCGAGUACCCAUCAGCCAGCCUCGAUGAGCCUUUGGACUGCUACCUCCACGGCUAUGUCAGUUCCAGGGUGAUGCGACUGGCCCGAGACUCGCCCAACGGGCUUCCUGUUUCAGUGGCAGCGACAAAGGUUGACGGACUGGUCCUUUCGCUCACCCCAAACUCCCACAGUUAUAACUACCGUUCCGCUGUCCUGCAAGGAUACGGCAGGGUGGUGGACUCGGAUGAAGAAAAGAUCUACGCCAUGCAGCUCAUUACCAACAAAGUCGUCGCCAACCGAUGGGAAAAUACUCGAGUUCCCCCAGAUAAUGUCGAGAUGACAUCAACCACCAUCCUCCGGGUCAAGAUCGAGACUGGCAGCGGCAAGAUCCGACAAGGGGGCCCUCAUGAUGAAGCCAAGGACGAGAAGAGAGACGAAAUCACCGAAAAGGUGUGGACAGGGGUAAUUCCAGUGUCCGAGGUGUUUGGCGAGCCCAUUCCCAGUGCGACCAAUCGCGUCAAGCAACUGCCUGCAUACAUUGACUCGUAUGUCACUGAAACCAAUCAAAGCAGCCGAGAGCUUUCGCUCAACGCGGUUAAUGAACCUUGAAGAGGAGUAUGGUACCAAACAACGCGAUACUUGUACCUUUGGAGGUGAUUCUUGUUGAUUAGUCAUCGCAUUUGUCUGUCAAGAUUUAGAUCGAUAUUUAGCAUACGGUAACCACAACAUGUCUAAUGAUUAUAGGUAGUAAGGG